GGAGUUGCAGGUUUGUCACAAUGAGAUUAAAAAUCUCAUUGUCUGUGUGUUGGCUGUUGUUGUUGUAUGAUGGAAUAACCAUUGGAGUGGCAGAUACAGGCUCAUGUUCUCAGCCCUCAAUGCUUUGCUGUCUUGGACAAGAUAACGGCUGCUACCGCGGGUGUUAUUGUGAUGAGAUGUGCAUGGUGUUUAGGGACUGCUGCAGUGACUACAUUCAGACAUGCUAUUCAAUGGAUAUUGUUUCAGUUAAUGGCACGGUGGAUCCUGUAUCAACAACUUCAGAUCCAUAUUUACCACCAUCGCCAAUGAUGACCUCUCAUUCAGUACUCACAACUGCACCACAAACAACAGAAGUUGAUCCCUGCUCCAACUACAAUGUGUUGGAUGAUCUCUGGAGAUCCACCAGUAAUCAGGAUUCAUCUCAGAUAAUGUGUGACAUGAAUGUGGAUUGGGCGGGUUGGUAUCGUCUCAUCAUUCAGGGUGAGAGUGUUCAGAUGCCAGACACAUGUGUUCAAGAAUACAGAUGUGGUACUAAUGCACCACUGUGGUUAAGUGGUGGACAUCCAACGGUUGAAGAUGGAGUGGUCACACGAGACGUCUGUGGUCACUGGAACGGUGACUGCUGUUAUUUCCACUCCAAUCCCAUUAGAGUCAAAGCCUGUCCAGACAAUUAUUAUGUCUAUGAGUUUGUGAGACCAACUGGCUGCUAUUUGGCAUACUGUGCAGAUGUUACAAACAUUAUCACAACUCCAACCUCAAUCAUAGAAACUACAACUGUACCUACAACUCUCAGCUAUGACCCAUGCUAUCAGUAUAACACUAUUGAUGAAUAUUGGAGAGAUAUACGGCUAAACCCAUACCAGGACUAUGGACAUGAUGACACUACUGUUGAGUGGAACGGCUGGUAUCGACUGUAUUUGAAUGGAACAAAUGCUCAGAUGUCUGAAUGGUGUGUAAAUUCAAUGGGAUGUGGUGGUGAAACUGGACUGUAUCUCAGCGGUUCUCAUCCACGACUUGAGGAUGGAGUGGUGACCCGUGAGGUUGUAGGAAGCAAUAUGUGGUGGUAUUACUACAACAACAACCAGUGUGGUCAGUACAGAUCCAACCCCAUCCAAGUCAAAGCUUGUCCAGAAGAUUAUUAUGUCUAUGAACUCGUCACACCAGAUGUGUCAAUCUACAGACCGUCAUACUGUGCAGGUAAAGAUCUCUGA